AACCAGAGAAGAAUCAACUAAUCUGAAAAAGAAAGGACGAUGUUUUCUUCUCCUAAGACAAGUGCUUGUUCUUUGGUGCUGCCAAUUAUUUUGGCAGCGCUAGUACUAGUGCACCAAUCUAAUGCUCAAUUAAGUGCUACGUUCUAUGCUACCACAUGCACUAAUGUGUCUGCCAUUGUUACUAGUGUUAUUCAACAGGCCCUUCAAUCCGAUUCUCGGAUCGGCGCAAGUCUUAUUCGCCUUCAUUUUCAUGAUUGCUUUGUUAAUGGAUGCGAUGCUUCACUUUUGCUAGACAGUACUUCAAGCAUACUGAGUGAGAAAUUUGCCGCUCCAAACGUUAACUCUGCUCGGGGUUUUGAUGUCGUUGACAAUAUCAAAACUGCUGUGGAAAAUUCUUGCCCUGGUGUUGUCUCCUGUGCGGAUAUUCUUGCACUCGCAGCUGAAGCUUCUGUUUCUUUGUCAGGAGGACCAUCCUGGAAUGUACUGUUGGGAAGAAGGGAUAGUCUCACAGCAAAUCAGGCUGGAGCAAAUACAUCUAUUCCUUCUCCUUUUGAAGGUCUAAGCAACAUUACUUCUAAGUUCUCUGCAGUGGGUCUAAACACCAAUGAUCUUGUCGCAUUAUCAGGUGCUCACACAUUUGGACGUGCUCAAUGUCGAACAUUUAGCAACCGGCUGUUCAAUUUUAGCGGCACAGGCAGCCCUGACCCAACAUUGAACACAACUUACUUGGCUACUCUGCAACAAACAUGUCCACAGGGUGGAAGUGGAUCUACUCUGGCUAAUCUUGAUCCCACGACACCAGAUAGUUUUGACAAUAACUAUUUCACGAACCUGCAGAAUAAUCAGGGCCUUCUUCAAUCUGAUCAGGAACUAUUUUCGACCACAGAUGCUGCCACGAUCGCUAUUGUUAACAGCUUCAGUAGCAGCCAAACUGCCUUCUUCCAGAGUUUUGCUCAGUCCAUGAUUAAUAUGGGAAACAUUAGUCCAUUAACUGGAAGUAAUGGAGAGAUAAGAGCAGAUUGUAAGAAGGUGAAUGGGAGUUAGGCUAUGAGAUUGCUUGUGAAAUCACGACAAAUCCAGGGAUCCCUUUUUCUUUUUUUUUUUAAAUAAAAAAAUCAUAUUGAAUAGCCCUAAGGGAGUGUUUACAAGUUGCAGAACUUUCAUGAUUUAUUAGGUAAAGUUGUUGGCCGUAAUUUUUGGAUUAAAGUAAAUCAAAUGUAUGUCUUAAUAGGCAAUAUAAUUUAUAGAAUAAAUAUAAGAGUUUGCAUUGCUAGUAUAA